AUGGCAAUAGUAAUCAGAUGGUGGUUGUGUUGUAUUGUUUUGGUGGCGGCAGUCAUCGGAGGAGCGGUAGCCGACGACGUCACCUAUGAUGGAAGAUCUCUCAUCAUCAAUGGAGAACACCAGCUUCUCUUUUCUGGUUCUAUUCAUUAUCCUCGUAGCACUCCUGAGAUGUGGCCAUCUUUGAUCGCUAAAGCCAAAGAAGGUGGAAUAGACGUGAUACAAACAUACGUAUUUUGGAACCAACACGAACCUAAACCAGGCCAGUAUAAUUUUGAAGGGAGAUUAGAUUUGGUGAGGUUCAUCAAGGAAAUCCAAGCACAAGGCAUCUAUGCAGCCCUUCGGAUCGGACCCUUCGUCGAGGCUGAAUGGACUUAUGGAGGACUACCGUUCUGGUUGCAUGACGUUAAAGGUAUUGUUUAUCGAUCUGAUAACGAGCCCUUCAAGUUUUACAUGCAAAACUUUACAACCAAGAUAGUAAACUUGAUGAAAUCAGAGAACCUCUAUGCUUCUCAAGGAGGACCCAUUAUUCUGUCACAGAUAGAGAACGAAUACAAAAACGUCGAAGCUGCCUUUCACGCAAAAGGACCACCUUAUGUUCUCUGGGCUGCAGAAAUGGCAGUGGGGCUUAAGACUGGUGUUCCAUGGGUGAUGUGCAAACAAGAUGAUGCCCCUGAUCCAGUGAUCAACUCAUGCAAUGGAAUGAGUUGUGGACAAACAUUUGCAGGACCCAAUUCACCUAAUAAGCCAUCUAUAUGGACAGAAAACUGGACAUCCUUCUAUCAAGUAUUUGGUGGUAAACCAUACAUAAGGUCUGCUCAAGACAUUGCCUUCCAUGUUGCACUAUUCAUUGCUGCAAAGAAAGGAAGCUAUGUGAACUAUUACAUGUAUCAUGGUGGAACAAAUUUUGGAAGGACAGGCUCUGCAUAUGUGACAACAAGUUAUUAUGAUCAAGCUCCCCUUGAUGAGUAUGGUUUGAUUAGGCAACCAAAAUGGGGCCAUCUCAAGGAAUUACAUGCUGCGAUAAAGUUGUGCUCUACACCUUUAAUUUUUGGUACAUAUACUAAUUUCUCUCUAGGUGAAUCACAAGAGGCUUAUGUUUUCCAAGGUAAAUCAUCAGGAGAAUGUGCUGCCUUUCUUGUGAACAAUAAUUUAAGUAGUAGUGUUACAGUGACAUUUCAAAAUAAAUCUUACAAUUUACCCCGAGAAUCAAUUAGUAUCUUGCCAGAUUGCCAGAAUGAAGUCUUCAACACUGCAAAGGUUAGCUCUCAGUAUAGUACAAGAUCAACAGUACUGAUCGAGACUUUCAACUCAGCUGAACAAUGGAAAGCAUUCCAGGAUGUUAUUCCUAACUAUGAAGAGACAUCAAUAAAAGCAGAUAAACUGUUGGAGCAUAUGAAUACAACUAAGGACAAGACAGAUUAUCUUUGGUACACUUUCAGCUUUCAGCGUGACUCGUCUGGUGAUAAGCGUCUCUCUGUCAACUCCCUUGGCCAUGUUGUUCAUGCUUUUGUCAACAACUUAUAUGUAGGAUCUGCACAUGGUAGUCAUGACAAUGUGAGUUCAAAUCUGAAUACUUCAAUUUCACUUAAUAAUGGGAUGAACAAUGUUUCAUUAUUAAGUGUAAUGGUUGGCUUGCCGGAUUCAGGAGCAUAUCUUGAGCGUAGAGUUGCAGGAUUAAGGAGAGUGAGGAUUCAUCAAAGCAACAAUGAAGCAAUCUUUCAAGAUUUCACUAACUACAGCUGGGGAUACACGGUGGGGCUACUAGGAGAGCAGUUACAGAUAUAUAAUGAUGAAGGAUCAGAUAAAGUUCAGUGGAGCAACAUUGGAAACUCUACUCAGCCUCUUAUGUGGUAUAAGACAACCUUUGACACACCUAAUGGGAAUGAUCCUUUAGUCCUAAAUCUUGGGUCAAUGGGAAAAGGUGAAGCUUGGGUUAAUGGCCAAAGCAUCGGUCGCUACUGGGCCUCCUUUCACAUCCCAAAUGGAGAUUCUUCACAAACAUUGUACCAUGUUCCUCGAUCAUUCCUCAUACCUUCAGAGAACCUUCUAGUGGUAUUAGAAGAAUUUGGUGGUGACCCUCUCCAAAUCACCUUGGAGACUGUAUCAAAUGAUAAACUGUGUGGAUAUGCUUCUGAAUCCCAUCUGUGCCCAGUAACUCCAUGGGCGGAGCUUAUGAGUAAUAAGGGAAAGAAUACAAGACACCAUGGUAGGAGACCAAGAGUUCAGCUUGAAUGUCCUUCUGGAAAGGCCUUUUCAAAGAUUUCAUUUGCAAGCUUUGGGAACCCUUCAGCUGAUGGAUGUGAAAGUGAAAAUCAUGUUUUAGGGAGUUGUCAUUCUUCUAAUACCAAAGUAGUUGUGGAGAGGGCUUGUUUGGGAAAGGCAGAUUGUUCUAUUACCCGUUCAAUCAGAAGUUUCGGUAAAGAUCCAUGUCCAGGCAUCUCAAAAGCUCUAUUGGUGGAUGCAGAAUGUAGUUCUAGAAACUUAGAUGACCCAAUGAGUAAUUUAAUUUAAAUAUUUGUAUAGACUUGCAAUAAACAAAACAAUUUUCUUAAGGUAUCUGUGAAAUGUUUUUCG